CCUUACGCCUCUUUUCUGUGCACGAAGUCGCUGCGGCCCAAUGCCUGCAGCACAUCCCGCGGCGCCUGCACUUCCCCAGCAUCCCCCCAGGAGCUUCAGUCCCGGAGGAAGAGAAGGACAGCGCCGAGGGGCGGGCGGCGGUGCGGAGUGGUGCGGAUCGGUGCGCAGUUCCCCGCUCCCCGCCCCGGCCCGCCCCGCUCCCCGGGCGGCCAAUGCGCGGCCGGGGGAGGCAGAGCCGGGAGCGGCCCGGGGGAAAGCAUCAAGCCCAACUUUCUCACCUUGAAGGGAAUAAAGCUCUCCCGAUGCUUCCCCACCCGUCGCCCUCCUCGCCGGCCCGGGCUGUCCCCGCGGAGGACGGAGCCGAGUAGGGGCUCGAUGCGCGGCCAUGGGGCGCGGGGCCGCCCUCGGUCGGAGCCUCCUGCGGGCGGCGAUGCUGCUCGCCCUCUGCCCCGGCGCCGCGGGCGGCACAUGGAUGUGGCUGGGCAUCGCGGCCGCCGGCGGGCCGGAGAAGCCGGGCUGCGCCAGCCCUCCGCUGAGCCCCGGGCAGCAGGAGCUGUGCAGGCAGAAGCCGGAGCUGGUGCCCGCCAUCCGGGAGGGAGCGCGUCUCGGCCUCCAGGAGUGCCGCAGCCAGUUCCGACACGAGCGCUGGGACUGCCGCCCGCCGCCCUCCGCCCCGCGCCGCCCGCCCGCCGCCUUCGGGCAGCAGCUGAACAGCGGCACGAAGGAGUCCGCGUUUGUGUAUGCAGUGACGGCAGCAGGGCUGGUGCAUGCCGUGACCCGCUCCUGCAGCGCAGGAAACGUGUCUGAGUGCUCCUGUGACACCAAGCUGCAGGGCGGGGGCUCAGCCAGCGAGGGCUGGCACUGGGGCGGCUGCUCCGACGACAUCCACUAUGGGAUGUCCUUCAGCAGGAGCUUCCUGGAUGCGCCCAUCAGGAAUGCGUCAGGAAAAAGUGGCAACGGACUGCUGGCGAUGAACCUGCACAACAACGAGGCUGGGAGGCAGGCUGUAGCAAAGCUGAUGUCAGUGGACUGCCGUUGUCACGGUGUUUCUGGGUCAUGCGCUGUGAAAACUUGCUGGAAAACCAUGUCCUCCUUUGAAAAGAUUGGCCGGUUUUUAAAGGAUAAGUAUGAAAACAGCAUACAGAUAUCAGACAAGCUGAAAAGAAAGUUACGCAGGAAAGAGAAGAGCCAGAGAAAAAUACCAAUCCAGAAAGAAGACCUGCUGUACGUGAACAAAUCGCCCAAUUACUGCGUCGAAGAUCAGAAACUGGGCAUCCCUGGGACUCAGGGCAGGGAAUGCAAUCGCACGUCGGAUGGACCCGAUGGCUGCAACCUGCUGUGCUGCGGGCGCGGGUACAACACGCACGUGGUCAGGCACGUGGAGAGGUGUGAGUGCAAGUUUAUCUGGUGCUGCUACGUGCGCUGCCGGCGGUGCGAGACCAUGACUGAUGUACACACCUGCAAGUAGGGCUCAGCACAGAAACAGCCAAACCGCCCCACAGCGGGCUGUGCGCCAUGCAGACAGCAGUUACUGGAACAGGGACUAUGGGGGAUUCACCUCUAGGGCAUCGCCAAACAGGGCAUACUCCAAACAGUUGGUGUAUGAAAGUCACGAGUGGAGAGCAGCCUGCACAGGGACAGCCACAGCAACAGACUCCCAGUGGCACAUUUGAGCCAUCUCCAUUUUAGAGUUAAAAUCUCUUUGGCACUUGAAUAGCCACAACAUCUUGAAGAUCAAUGUGAUCGGCAGGUACUGUGCAGAGAACCCACGACCUUAUCAGCCAGAGGAUGAAGGGCUAAGAGGCUUGUAAGACACAUCAGAUGGAUCUGCUGUAUGAUUCAUUUCUACCAGUCUUACAAAAAAAAAAAAAAUACAGGAGUGCUGUAUGUUCUGCUCAUCCUGAAGCGUUUCCUUUGUGACCUUUUGAAAAGCUCUCUGUGUGAUGUGCAGAAGAGCUCCUGGUACCCAGAAACGUGUGUGCCUAUGGAGAGGUGGGAUAGGAGAGGACGGCCCAUUGGCCUGGAGCAAACUGUGCCCACAGCUCGGGUGGGUUGGAGCACAGUUCAGUGAAUGUGGUGAGCAUGGCGUGCCAAACAGCAACCUCAGGGUCUUGUACAAGUUGUCUUUCAAAUGCACAAAGGCCAGGUCUGAGGAGGGACAGAAAUACAGCUUGGUAUUUGAGGGAAGUGCAGUCCCUCACUGGUAUCUCCUCAGCACCCAAGAGCACAAUUUGCAAUCAACCCAUCAUCGCCCCAGUGUUGGACUGUGUGUGUCAACCUGCCAUCUUCAGCCAUCCUGCUGGGGCUCACCAGCAUUUUCACAGCCAUGUGAGACUCAGCCCAAAUAAAUCUGUCAUAAAAUGAGAGAAUUUUAAUACUUCAAUCACAUUCUCUUACAGGAGCUACAAAAAGAACUUUUCAUUAGUAUCCCAAGUCAGUUCAGUGCACAAUAUCACUGAAGGAUUGGCUCACACCACUAAAAUAUUUCAACUGUUAUCAAUAAUGUUUUCCCCCCUCCAUGUGUUAGUUUAAUCCUAUUUUACAUCUGAAAAAGGUUGUUUAUUUUUAUGCAGUGGUACAAUUCCUGGGUUUAAAAAAGCAUCACGGGAAAGGAUUUCUGUUGUUUAAAUGUGCAAAGACCUAUUUUUGAUAAGAUGAGAAAGUUUAUAUUUUGUAAAUAUUUAAAUUAUGCAAGUUAUGUAAGAGGUUUCCAAAACGAAUGUGCUAAGAUUGCAGCCUUUGGCAUUUGCUGAUGUUUGUUACUAUUGCAGCAGCCUGUAACUGAUUUUUAUUUGCAUGUGCAGGGGAAACUUAUUCAGAGGAUUACUGAGAUGUUCUUCUUUUUUACAAUCAGGUCAGUUAUAACUGACCUGACACAGUGGUGACACUGGUGACACAGAGACGAGAAGCACUUAUUUGGCUGUUCUAAACGACCAUUAAUUACUAUCCUGUAGAGUUUUUCUGUUCUUUUCAACCCAUUUUGCAUACAGUGAAAUUGGGCUCCAGUGAUAAGUGGCGGGACUCCCACUGACAACAGGAGGACUGCUGAGGGGCUGCAGUCCCUUAACUCAUUCCACAAGGGCAGGCAGUUGUUAGAAAUAUAUCUGCUGAGACACUUUGGUUGAGGCUUUCAAAGCUGUCAUUUAUUUUCUCGUGAAAGACAGUGACCAGGUUCCCCAUCACUGUCUAUUGGAUGUGUAGGUCAGGAGGAAGGAAACAAAACCUGUGUUGUGUUACGUUGUUGCCUUGUGUAGAGUAUCAGGAAGAGAAGUCCUUUAUGUACCGGUUCUUCGGGGACUGACCUCCACUUUCGGCCAAUCUCACUGCAUUGACCUAGCUAAAUAAUGAGGAGCAAAUAGUGCAGGGCUCCUGGACACAAGGUCAGCUUCAGGGAUUUGCCAAGGAGAAAAGAUCUCAAAGGGCUGUUUCUGUGAAUUGGAGCAGGAGGGGCAUGCACAUCAGCAUCUCACUGAGGAGUGGGGCAGUUGUGAGAGGGCCAACGCAUUCAGGGUGUCAGUGCCUGCUUGGGUAGCUCCUAUUCGAGGCUGCAGAGCAGUCACCUAGAUCUAAAAGGCAAAAUAAAAAUGUUUUUUUGUUGAUAAAUGUUAUUAAUAAAAGUUUUUUUUUCUGGCUGAAAGGGGAAAGAGUUUAUUUUUUCAAAGCAUGACAAAAGACAAAAGAGAUGUAGGGACAUGGUUUACAAAACAACAGCAUGGUUUGUGAAAGCUGGGAUGGCUGAACAAAUGUCGUAUGAGGGAGCUGAAGCUUUGCUACAACCCAUCCUUUCUCUUUAAGUCACUGGGUGCGUUUGCCCAUCUGAGCAAGAGGAUUUGAGUGGGAGAAAGGCCUUAUCUCCGAGCCCCUUGUGCAAUGAGCAGCAGUUUGUGAAAAGUAGCAAACCUGUGAAAAAUGCCACGGGUUUACUUUUUGAAGAGUCCUCUUUGUGAAAUGAAAAACUAAGAGCUGCUGUGAGAAUAGAAAUGCCCGUGGACUGGCUGUGUUCUCAGAGCAGAGUAGUAGUGCUGGCUGAAGCACGGGGCAUGCGCUGGAGGCUGAGGAAUACCAUCUUUUCAUACCACUGAAGCAGACCAUGCCAAAGGAGGCACUCUGUCUCAGCCUGUAACAUACUGUAGACAUCACCUGUCUGCCUACCCAAGAAGUCUUGGCUUUCCAGUCGGGUCUAUGCAAAACCUCUGGGCAGGUGCUGCUGAGUGCAGAGCUCACGGACAGGCAAAGCCCACAGCAGUCAGUUGCAUGAAGUUACUUUCCCUAAACUGCUCUUGCAGUUUGCGUUUCAGGAAAUCAAAUAUGCUUUUUUUCCCUUUACAAAUGACAAAUGUGAACUCCACAUUAAAUGAAUGCUAGAGCUAACUAAUGCAAAAGCACUGAUGGAUACAAAGUAUUAAUGCUGAAAUACACUACCUUAAGAAAUUAACACUGUGCCAGGGUCUGCUGUCAUACUGAAUUGACAGCUGUGUAAUUCCAUGGAUGGUCCUGUAAAGUAAUGAAUGGCUAUCACAGCAGAGAAUGAAAUGUUCUCUGGUCACUGUGUCAGCACUGGGGCUGGAGGUGCACUGCAGGCAGGAGCACGAGGCUGCAGUUCAUUUUGAGCCUCUGGAGCACAGUGACUGGUGAUGUCCAGCACAGGCAAGAAGUGGAGUCCAUGGCUGGGUGCAGAGCAGGUGGAUGGCACCUCACUUGGGCAGCAAAGAGGUGCAACAAAGUCAGGACUGCUAAGGCUGUCACACAUAUGGAGUUUAGAUUAAUUCAACGGAAUAAAGAACCAAAUUUUCAUUAACAAAAAGGGCCAAAAGCCUUCUGAAAUGCUCUGCUGUUGGUGAGCUUGCAAACGAGCUGAAACAUCACAGCCUUGCUCAAGGUUUGGCCGUGGCAUUUUCCCAUCAGUCCUGCUAUUUUUAUGACUAUUCAGCGUAGUUUUAAAUGAACUCCAUGCUUUCCUUGUUAAUUCUUCAAGAAUCAUCAAAUUCUCAUUUCUUAUUCCGAUAUUUUUAAAUAUCAAGCUCUACACACAUCAGGUUGCCCCAGUUAAAACACUGAAAAUUCUGACUGGGAAGAUUUCUACAGGUAUUAUCCACAAAAACCUAAAAGCGUGCAUUUGAAUGUGGAAAAGAAUGAGACACACUUCACGAGCAUUUCUUUCUAGAGCAAAAGCCUGCCAACACACUAGAGGUUAAAAAGAGAACUCACUAUUAUUUACAUAGACGAUCAUUUAUUGUCUGUGCUGAAAGGAGCACCGUGCCUCAUGUCAGCAGCAGAAAACCAGCUGACAGCUAAGUCAGCAUCCCAGUCUUUUGCAGUCUAAUCUGCUCCAUAAUCUAAGAAAUUAAAUCGAUGUUACCAUAUCUCAACACGUCCAAAACAGUAUUUUGAUGUUAAACGCACAGUUUCUAUAGGAUGUAUAUAUCAUCUGGGAUAACACCAACAGUUUUAUCUCAGCUGGCUCUGGGGCAUCAGGCUGGGGUUACACGGCAUGGUCCGCACUGCUAGCCCUGCCCUGACCCCUGGGUCAGUUCAGUUCAGUGAUAUGGGUCACAGAAACACCACAAACAAGAGCUCUGGCUGCAUUUGUAGCCUCAAACCGAGCAGUAACACACUGGUAAGGGCUUAGGGAGGUGACCAGGAGUGGUAAGUCCUUGAGCUGACUUUGCUGCCAAUUUCCAUAAUCACAACACUAAGGAUCUGAUCCAAGCAUCUUGCUUUGUAGCGUUAGAGGAACAGAGCUAACUAGCUGCUUCGGGCUAUCCCUAGGGAUCAGAAAUUUAAUGAAGAGGAUGCAGUGAUUUGUGUGCAUUAUUACACAAUCUGGCUGGACUAGUACUCUCUACUGAUACCUACUCCUCUCCAUAUAUAUGCAAGUCAGCCCUGAAAUAAAGUUUUAUUUUCUACACACCUCAAAGAAUAAUAAACAGACUAUUUCAUUUACUAACAUACCACAAAAAUUAGCACAGUGUUUAGUUUUCUGCAUUGUGUCACAUGUAUAUUAAGUGCUUUCAGUAACAUUUGAGAGUGCAUACAUCAAAGCCAUAAAAGACACUAUCCACCCAGUUUUCCAGUUGGAAAGGAUGAGUCAGGAUACUUGGGAAAAUGAAGCAGUGUUGAUAAAGACAAUGUUAAGAUACUCAAGGCCAAGUAAGAUAAUUAGCCAGAAGUGAUCAGUGAAGCAUCAUAGAAAUAGUCAGGCUGUAUUCCAUGGAAAACAGUACUCCCUUCCACCACUAUCCAAGCUCAAAGAGGAGACCUCCCCUCAGUUGGGAGUGCUUUUCUCACAUCAACAGGGCUGCAUCCAAUGCCCUACAAAAGGAACAGACCAUUCUGUGGGAACAGGCUAUUGCAAUGGCGAUUUUAAAAGGAUAAACACAUUUCCUAGUGAGGAAAUGACAGGGUCAGGAAGUAAGUAAAAAUACAACUAAGUACCUCUGAGGCCAGUGAUCAAUUUUUAAUUGACAUAAAAAAUAAUCAUUAAUUUUCAGCAAAGAUUUGGAUUGUACAUUAUCACACUUAUCCUAGAUUGAUACUUAAGGAUUGGAAGGGACUCCUGAGGAACACAGGCCCAUGAAGGACACAUCAGAUCUUGGCUGAAAGGAUAAAAGAGAAUAAAAGGAGCAGAGAUGAGAAACUACAGUUGGUUUUAAGCCAGCCUGAGGCUGCCUUAUCUGUGAGGCCACAGAUAGGACAAUCAGAAACGUAAUGAAAUAUCUCAAGUAAAGCACAGUCCUUCUUUCUCUGCUCCAUCAUUUAUUUAUGUUUUUAUUUUUGCCUGUGCAGACAAGAAACUCUUCUUUCACAGAGGCUGCUGCAGGAAAUGGCUAAACCCAGGUGCUGGAUCCUUUUGGUAUACGGCCCUGGAGGCAAGAAGCAGCAUCCCUCACAUGCCCAGUACAGCAUCAGAAACAAGGUAUCAGGUCCAGGACACAACCACCUGUAAUGACCUGAAAGCUGGAAAAGCUUCCCAGCAGCUUCUAGCCUGUGUUCCACUCCAGCCAGUUUAUGGAGGGGUAUGGCCCUUCCAUCUGUGCACAGAAAACCCUGUCAAUAUAUCCAGCACUAACACUUUAUUUCUCCUUAUGAUUUACCACUUGGCUUCUAAACUGCAGAUAAUCCAAACAGUUUAGGAACUAUUAUGAACACAAGUGUUUUCCAGUCUCAUCAACAUCUGAGGGAACUAAAAGCCACAUUAAUGUCUAUAAAACAAAACACGCCAAGCAACAGAAAGCUUUUUCUGAACCAGCACUUGAGCAAGUAAGGCUGUCAAAGCCUCUCCUCUUUCAAGAAGAAAAAUACGUUCGAUGCUAGGAGAGAUGCAGAUGGCAUUCCAAGGCAGACAUCUUCAGCUUCUUUAAGACUCAUACACGUAAAGAGGACUAGCACAGCAGUUGAGAGCUGUGGCUGACAAUGAAGCAGUUUCCAGGUGGCUCAGAUCCCAGCUGAGUGCUCCUUGGGGAGAACAGCCACAACCUUCUUGUGUCCUGCCCCUUUACUCACACAUACAUUUGUUGAGGCAGACACGCUCCCCAUCUUCACCUUUCCCUCCUUUGCUCCCCUGUCCUCAAGGCACUGCAGAUGUUCUCAUCCUUUCAUGUAGGAAGUGACGUAUCCUGGAGCUUUCUCAUACAGGUACUUUUGCAUGAAGCUCCUUGAACAAAACAGCAAGUUGAUACCACAAGAUGUAGGAGAAACCACACAAAGUUCUUCUUCAUCACUUACUUGAAACAUGCAUUAUUACCAAAGUCUUGUUUACUGAAAGCAUCAGAAAGCUUACUGCAACAGAAGGAAAUGGUGCAACUAGCCCACUCAAGGUAGAGAAUGAGAUGGCAUGACUGUAUCUUGUGGCAAGUCAAAAAAAGACCAUGGGAUCCUUGCUGUUUUUUCUCAUUUUUCAUGGCCAAAAUGAGCUUAUUUGUAUAACUGAAAUAUUAAAGGAUGCAGCUGCGAGGAUGAGUUAGAGAAUGAGGGAAAAGGAGGCAGAUUUCACAAGAACUAAAUGAUUUAAAAACAAUUAUUAAACCACUUAUUGCUUUAAAAGCAGUAGUUAAAUAUUUUGUGGUAGACCCAGCUUUAACAGGUUAAAUAUUCAUAAUAUGCAUGCUUGCUUCUGAUGGCCAGGAAAAAAGAAGGCACAAAUCUAAAGACAAAAGCUAGAACUAAAGCCAGGCUUCCUUUAUGUCCUCCAUUACAUUUUCUAGAAGACAAUCGUGCAAGGAAACAAUAAAGGCUUCCUAGAUGCACCCCCCCACCCAGCCUUCACCAAACCCACUUCCACCUUCAAGCCUCUGCUAAGUAUCUUCAAAUUCUUCUGUUAUUACUUUGGAUAGCAGCAUAACCAAUACCAGCUUACUUACAAAUAAAAAUUUAUUCAUGUGAAAAUUCCAGGACUUUGCAAUUAGUUUUCCACAGUAACCUGAUGUUAUUAAAUAAAAUUUAUUUAUUUUAAUGGGUAGAAAUCAGGUGUUUUAUUUCAUUCGAUGUAAAAGAUACAUAUGAUUUUGACACAUCCUCCUAAACAAGAGAAUCUGAAAGAUUUAACAAAAAACAAUUUCACCACAUAAGGUGCUUUUAUUGCUGCUCUACAUUAAACUUGAGGGAAAGCCACAUUAUUUAACAAGCUACUUAAACGUACAGAACAGCUCAGAGUCCAGUCUUACUCUGACAUCACAGGUUAUUUGACUUGCAAAGCAAUGCCCAAUAUUGCUUGACUUUUUUUUAGUGCACACUAUUGAGUUCAUCUCAGAAGACAUACCAACAAUAGGAACGUUUGAGUGCUACUUACACUGUGGGUCCCUGAAAAAUCCUUUGUUGCUUUAUUCCCAUGGUACCAGAUGGAAGUUUCUGAAGAUUAAACCAGAACUCAUGAUGUAAAACUCCAAGAGAUUACAAUCAAUUCCGUAACAUGCCCCAUUUUUUGUAUACCAACAAUUCAAUUUAUAACAGACUUAGUUGCAGUGAAAGUUCAAGCUGGCCCUACCUAAAAAUGAAGCUAUGUUUUCCGAUAGCUCUGGCAUGAGCUGAAGAAUAAGGCCACUUCAACUUGGUCCUUUUUUUUUUUUGCAUGGAAAAAAAAUGAAGAUGCAUCGUCACUGAAGUUUGAAUAUCACAGAUUGCAUAACCAAAGAUGCAACGCUUUCUCUAACAUCUCUGUAAGCACAAGUGACCCCACAUUAGAUGUAACACAAGCAGUAAAGAUACAUAAUACUGUAGCCUGGACAACUCUCACUAGAAGGGAGACUGCCUUCUGCUGGCUUCUUUGCGAUGGAAAAUUUAUUUCUAGGCUUACAGCUACAGCAGGAAGGAAUCCCAUUAAACAGAUUUACUAUGUGACUAGCUAGCAGGGCUGAACAGGUAGACUCAGUGGUUAAGCAGCAGUACAAAAAUUGUUACAAAAAUAAUGAACAAGUCACUUGAACAAGUACUGUUUUUUAACGUGCCCAGUCUCUUCUACAAAGAAAGUACUAUUUUCAAACUGAUCAACAAUCCUUCCAAACUGCUUUUAAGUACCACAUACGCUAUUUAUGCAUUUACCCUUGCUCUUCCCCUAGUAAAAAUAACUUAUUUGUGCUUUUCAUGGUAUAUCUGUAUUUCUCUACCAUGUUUUCUUCCUUUGCAGAUUAUUCAGUUUUGGUGGGAGACUACAAAAUUUUUUUUUUUU